CGCCGAUGGAGGGAGUCACUCCUGAGAUCUUUGGUCAGUCAGACGGCAGAACUUCCGGUCGGCAUUUUGUUCUACGAGAGGAGAGCCUCUUGAUGAUCGCAACAAACGUCAUAUUUCUGGUUUACUGUCGAAAUUGGCUGCACUCGGUGUUUACGUCGGCGCAGACCGACUGAAACUCAGAAGAACGAAUGUUUCCCCGCGAACGUACGUUGGAACAUUCACCCGCGAGUGACGGAAGAAGAGCGAAUCAGUCCGACCCGGAUUAUUGUUGAUAGCUAGCAGGCUAGCUUAGCGGCUAGCUGGCAAGCCAGUCGAGUUCCUUCUGGAGGAGCUGCGAGAGAAGAAAGGGGGAGCUAGAGAUACGGACACAAACCAAGCUAAAACAUUCCCCUCCCUUUCAACGCAACAUCCGAAGAUUGAAGGAGUAGGAUUUUUUAUCUGAAAUGUCAGUGAGUCCACCCGAGACUGCACAGAAUUCUUCAAAAAGGUGUCAGGAGAUGUGAGGACGGGUGUCGUCCAUCGACCCCCUGAUCUACCUGUGUAUCAACACACUCCCCCACCCUCACCUUCAGCAUGAAUGGGGAUAUGCCUCAUGUUCCCAUCACCACUCUCGCUGGGAUCGCUAGCUUAACAGACUUGUUGAACCAGCUACCCCUCCCUUCCCCUCUCCCGGCCACCACCACUAAGAGCCUCCUAUACAAUGGGAGGAUCGCAGAGGAAGUUACCUGCCUGCUGGGCUGUCGGGAUGAGAAUCUGGCCUCCCAGCUAGCCCAUGGCCUCAACCAGGUGUCCACAGAGCACAUAGAGCUGAAGGACAACCUGGGUAGCGAUGAGCCAGAGGGAGAUGCACCACUGUUGCUGCAGACCAUGCUGGCCAGGAACCCUGGCAUCUUCAGGGAGAAAAAUGUGAUGCAGCAGCCAAUGGUACCACCAUUCAAGAUCACCCAGAAUUCCAUGCAUAGCCCUGCCCAGUCUACAAACUUCCAGCCGGCUGCAAUUUCUCCCAGUCCAUCAAGUCGGUUUGUUUCGCCUCAGAGUGGGUCCAGUAGCCGGUACAUGGGCCAGCAGAACAGUCCAGUACCCAGCCCCUACACUCCUCAAAGCCCCGCAACUGGUUACAUACAGCAGUAUCCCCACCAACAACCACCCAGCUAUAACCAACACCAACAGAUACAACAAGGUGAGUGAAUAUAUGUGUAUGUU